GUGUUUACCGUGUUUAUAAAAAAGUCCUGGAAACUUGAACGGAACAACACGCGCUACCCAUCGGAAGAGGACAGAUUUUCACCGCGCAAGCAUCCCAAGUUAAGAAAUGUCAUUACUCCGAGUAGUAAGUCGCGAAAUAUUUGCCGCCUAUCGCCAGGGAAUCGUUUCCACCACCACAAAUCGAUCGUUCCGGACGUCCGCCCAACGAUUGGCCGAUAAGGCGGAGUCGUCUGAAGGCGUUGCCGCUGGGGAGGAUUCAGUAGAAGGCCAGGAGGAAUCUAACAAGGGACAGGUACGAGAGGAUCCGAAAGAUCGUACGCGCAUUAUUCCGGUCGAGACCAGCAUCCGGUACUUGGCCAGUGAAGCGUAUCAACAAACUUACCAAGGCGAACCGGUGUGGAAGCAGUACCGAAGGAACCACAAGGGAGUUUAUCCGCCUAAGCAAACCCGCAAGACGUGCAUCCGACAGGGUAAGCUUGCGACCGGAAAUCCUUGCCCCAUUUGCCGGGACGAGUUUCUGGUACUGGACCACAGGAACACCGAUCUGAUCAAGCAGUUUGUGUCCUCGCAAAGUGGCAAGGUGCUCAGCUACCAGAUUACGGGACUGUGCCAGAAGCGGCACCUCGAACUGCUGGUGGCCGUCGAACGGGCUAUGGACUACGGUUUGAUAACGUUCGAUGUGCCAUUCCGGGAUUACGACUACUCCGAAUAUUACCCGGCGCAGAAGCAGUAGAUUGUGGCGAGACGAGUUGAGAGCUGUUUUGUAGUUGUAUAGUAUUGUAAGAAAGUUAAGAGGAAAUGUCGGAAAUCAGUUGCACCUAUUUGGUCGUGGGCGGAGGAAUUGCGGGAGUCUCCUGUGCGGAAACGUUGGUAGUUCUAGCUGAUCCCAAAGAUAGCAUAAUUCUGAUAACGGAAUCAUCGCUGGUCAAAGCCGCUACCAACUUGGUUCCGCUGGGAAAGGUUCUAACCCGUUUCGAUGUGCAGGAGAAAUCGUCCAAGAGUUUAAACAGCAAUAUCCAAGUGAUUGAAGAUCAGCUGCUGAAGAUAGAGAGCGAGAACCACAUUGUCCUAACGGUCAAUGGGAAUAGAAUACUAUACCGUUAUCUGUGCCUUUGCACCGGAGCACGUCCCAAGCUAAUAGACCAAGCCCGGGGCAACCCUAAUGUGAUUGGCAUCCGAGACACGGAGUCGGUUCAGGAGUUCCAGAAGCGAGUCAAGAACGCUACCCGCCUCGCAGUUGUUGGAAACGGGGGAAUUGCCUCGGAGUUGGUUUACGAAAUAAGUGGCAUCGAGGUCCAUUGGGUCAUCAAGGACGAGUACAUAAGCUCGACGUUUGUCGAUUCCGGUGCCGCCAGAUUCUUCCAGGAACGUUUGACCACUCGCGGAGAGCAAAAGGCGAUCAUCAAACGGAUGAGAUAUUCGGAGGAAACGGCUGAAUCGAGUGGGACGAAGCGAGGUGCUGCCUUGGGUCCCGAUUGGCACCGAACUGUGGACAUUUCCGGUAAGCUGGAAAACGUCCCAGAUGCUGUGAAGAUACACUAUAAAGUGGAGAUUGAAGAGCUGAUACAGCAAGACCAAGGAUUCCCUUUGAAGCUCCGACUGUCCAAUGGCGAAGAAAUCGAAUGCGAUUUCGUGGUCUCGGCCACGGGUGUGGUGCCAUCGAGGAACUUCACGUGUGACCGGGAAUUCCAGUUAGGACCUGACCAGGGCCUUUUCGUUAACUGGGAAAUGGCAACAUCGGUGGAGGACAUCUACGCAGCCGGGGACGUGUGCUAUGCCGGAUGGGAACAUGCCAAGCACUGGUUUCAGAUGCGCUUGUGGACUCAGGCUAGGCAGAUGGGAGCCAUGGCUGCUCGGACCAUGGCAGCCAAACGAACCGGGGAAACCAUCUACCAGGAUUUUUGCUUCGAAAUGUUCAAUCAUGUCACGCAGCUCUUCGGCUACCAGGUGGUUCUCUUGGGGCGUUACAACGGUCAAGGUUUGGACGAUAAAUACGAAGUGCUGGUUCGAACUGCUGAUAAUGUGGGGGCGAUACUGAUCGGCGAGACGGGACUGGAAGAGACCAGCGAAAAUCUGAUUCUGAAUCAACUGGAUCUGACGCCGUACGGGGAGGACUUGCUCGAUCCAAACAUCGACAUCGAGGAUUACUUUGACUAA